GGAAGAGGCGGCGUCGAGGCUCCGGCCCCGGAAGAAGCGCGCCUUGGCCGCCGGAGCCCAGCAUGGGCCGCAAGAAGAAGCAGAAGCAGGAGUGUCGCGCGGCGGCGCUUCGCAGGGUCGUCACUUUCGACGAGGAGAACCGGCGGGAUUACUUGACCGGGUUCCACAAGCGUAAGGUUGAGAGGAGGAAAGCGGCUGUGGAGGAGAUAAAAUGCAAACUGAAAGAUGAGCAAAAGAAGAUGAAGGAAGAGAGGCACAAAGAAUACAUGAAGAUGUUGAAAGAGAGAGAAGAAGCCUUGGAGGAAGCUGAUGAACUGGAGCAACUGGUAACAUCCCAAACAGAGUCUGUGAGCUAUGACCACCCAAACCACACAGUCACUGUUACUACAAUCAGUGACUUGGACCUCUCAGGAGCACGUCUGGUGGGACUAAGCACCAACGAGGGAGAAGAUGCUGGAAUGGAAAAAAAAGAUGAAGAUGCUUCAAGCAAACCUACAUGCAUCUUUCCUAAGAAAUCUAGAGAUCCUUUCCUGUCUCAGAGGAUUUCUUCGCUCACGGCCACACUGCAUUCCCGUAGCCAGAAAAAGACCAAAGGAAGGCAGACCAGACACAGCCAAGGAUCAAGGAAGAAAGCCCAGAAGCCAACUACAGGGCGGACGAGCAAGACCCUGCGCCGAAGAAUGACGGGCAAAGGGAGGCAUUUCCAAGACUGAAGUGAAGGCAGUAGCCUGCUAAGUUUUGAGAGCUCUGGCUUACUUGCAAAGCUCAUUUUGUGUCGGCGAUGUCUCUUUUGUUCAGAGCUUCAGUGGAAGUGCAAAACUUUCUUGAAACUAGUUCGUGAGCCAAGGAGUGCUGGACCUGUUGCUUGGAAAAGUAAAAUUAUUUUUGUGCACAACAGCCUACUUUGACUAAGCAAGUGUGAUUGUUGUGUGUAGGCCCCUUGCUCUGUAACUCCCCACACGAAAGAAAGGACAUAUGCACUUUUCCCAAGUAUUGAUAACAGCUAAACUGUUAAAUGGUUACGUCUGCAUAGAAGUCCAGGGUCUGUGUUCUUCCUCACUGGGAGAUCUGGUGCUAUGAAUGCUCAGUGAGAGACCACAUAGGCCCCAGGCAAACUUCUUUCUUCUGCCUGCAUCAUUUUUUAAUUUUGUUAUAUAAAUGUCUGUUGGGAGGAAA